GCUCCGGAUUCCCACCUAGAUUCUCUAUAUGCUUAUGGCUCCUCUGCAAGACAGGGACUUCAAAUGAAUCUGUCCAAGAUGUAUUGGCCCUCGCUGUCUCCUAAAACCACCUUGACAUUCUUCGGCUUCCUGCUCCUAUGCCAUGGAUCGGAAGGGGGCUUGCUGUCCAUGGCGAAUCCCAGGGAGAAGACUUCUGAAGACCACCCACUGACCUCUGACGCCACCUCUGUUCCUCUCCGCAUCUUCCUGAGCUCCAUCUCCCCCCAAUCCCCCCAGUUGCCCCGAAAAGGGGUUUCCUGUGAGGACUUGAUGCCUGAAGCCUUGGAUGGUUUUGCUGAUGUGCCCAAGCUCUCCCAGACCGUCAUCCGAGCUGCAUUAGUGUUGGCCCUGCAAAGGGCAGGCUGUAGUGGGCAUGCGGAAACCCUCGUCCUGCACCUCUACGAGGACCUAGGACAGGUAGAUUCGGACGACCUCCUGUUUGUGAUGGCCGGGACUCUGAACACCACUCACUCCCCUGGUCAGAGGAAGAGCAGCGUUGCCUUGCAGUUCAACCUGGACCAGCUUGCGCAAACGCCAGUCCGGCACUGCCGAGGUCUGUUGCCGGUGAACGGAUCCCUCCUGCACGGCAAGACGCACAAAGUCUACCGGGGUUUUCUGGAGGCUUCCAAGGCCUGCCAGCGUCUAGGGGAUUCCUGUGCCGGAGUGGCCUCCAACGGCAGCAGCUUCUUCUACGUGGUGGAAAGAAAGGGCAGCUACUUCCUGCCCCGCCAUGGCGCCUCCUCCUGGCUCCACCAGUGCCGCAGGCUUGCAAGAGGCCGCCGUUCCACCCCGGACAACUGUGCUAGUGAGACGGAGCAGAAAGUACAUGCAGUCGUGAACUGGAUUCCUGGGGUCAGCACAGUCUACAACCUUGGAACCACCAUUUACUUUGCAGCUCGGGACUGCAAAGAGCUUGCAGAGGAACGCGGUAUAGAUACCCUUGUAGAUGUCGGCCAGGAUGCAUUGCUUGCUGUGACAGGCGGGGCAAGCAGCGUUAUCGGAAUGGGGAUUUCUGCAGCGGUAAAGCCAGCAGUCCGAAGCGGUGUGCAUUCUUUGAUACGCUACUUCAGAGAGAAGGGAGAUCCUUAUCCUGUCCCCUCCAAUCACUCGGGCCCCGUCAACGUCAUCUAGUUGCAACAAAGCUCUUUCUCUUCUCGAUCAAGCAUUUCUUGCUAUAAAACUGUAUGCUCAGUCUGUUAUUUGCAGCAUGCUUUUGCAUACUAGAUAUGCUUUGGGCUUAUCAACCUUGCUAUAUGCUUGUGAAACUUGGACCAUUUAUAAACACCAUAUCCAACUCCUCGAAAUAUUCCAUCAACGGUGUCUCCGAAAAUUUUUUACACAUCACUUGGGAAGACGGGCAAACUAAUGCCAGUGUACUGGAAGAAGCAAAUACCACCAGUGUUGAAGCAAUGAUUCUUCAACAUCAACUUCAUUGGACGGGUCAUGUUGUGCGGAUGCCUGAUGACCGUCUUCCAAAGCAACUACUCUAUUCCGAACUUAAAAAUGGAAAGCGUAAUGCUGGUGGUCAACAAAAGAGGUUUAAAGACUGUCUCAAGGCAAAUCUUUAAAAAUGUAGUAUAAACACAGACAACUGGGAAACACUGGCUUGCGAGCGCUCCAUUUGGAGAACAGCCUUGACCAAAGGUGUUGUGGGCUUUGAAGACACUCGAUCUCAGGACACAAGGGAGAAACGUGCUAAGAGGAAGGCACGCUUGGCAAAUCCACACCGUGAUCAACUCCCACCUGGAAACCAAUGUCCCCACCGUGGAAGGACAUGCGGAUCCAGAAUUGGCCUCCACAGUCACUUACGGACUCAUUGUUAAAACUGUGUUUAUGGAAGACAAUCUUACUCGGCUACGAGUGAUCGCCAAAGAAGAAAGACUAAGAUGAUUUGGGCUUACAGUGGUGCCUGGGUUCUCAAACUUAAUCCAUUCUAGAAGUCCGUUCCAAAACCAAGGUGCACUUUCCCAUAGAAAGUAAUGCAAAAUGGAUUCAUCCAUUCCAGAUUUUUAAACACAACCCCUAAAACCACUGAUCCAUAAAAUGAAAGCAAUAAACAAUGUACUGCAGUCACACAAUCAAUCAAUCAGUCACAAAAAAAGAGCCGCAGAAACAAAAACGCAAAAUAAAUCGCAAAAACAGACAGACCUCAGAGUAACACUCAAAAUGAAAGUGUGGCACUCAAAAAGGAGCACGUUCGGCUUCCGGAAAAAAAGUUCGUGAACUGGAACACUCACUUCUGGGUUUGCAGUGUUUGGGUCCCAAGUUGUUUGAGUACCAAGGCAUUUGAGAACCAAGGUACCACUGUAUCUAGUAUUUGGGCAUAGAGCUUUUGCAUCUUGCAGUGGGUCUUAUGGAGACUCUUAGGAGAGGUUGGCAUUAAUGCCCAAGCAGUUUUUUUGAGCACCAGAUACAUUUGUUUCGUAUUGAUUUCCUCCUUCAUUUCUUCUUGUCUGCCUUGUAUCUCAUAAUACCUUCUUGCAUGCUUCCUCCCUCCCUACCGCACUUGCUUGCUUCCUUUUCCUUGUUCCCUACAAAAAUAAUGGAACGCAAAUCUUUGUGCUUAUUCUGCCCAUUUAGAACAGGCGUUCAAUAGCAUUUGCAAUCUGGAAAUGCAGUGCCUGCUUCCUGCAGCAUGCUUCUUCCACCCUUUAGCCGCCCAGCAUCGCCUGCCCUCAAAGCGUGUGGGAAUUGCCAUCAGAAUGAUGCGCCGCCACGCUAAUUUCGAUUGUGGUUUGGAGAAGGCCAAUGCCAUCGCUCCCAUUUCUGGUCAAAUGUCACCCGCAGCCGAUGCAGUGGGUGGGUGUGCAGUUAUGCAAAUAUAUAAGAAUUGGAAAUAAACGGUCAAAGGUGAACCUAUAUGAAGCACUCUUGCCAGAAUUGCUCCCUCUUAUUUCCGAUGUUCAGGCUAUGAGUGCCGUCGUGCGAGGAGCUGAAAUGGCACCACCCACACAUAAGAUAGAGUUAUCUGAAAGCUUAGGGUGGGGGGAACUCCCAAGAUUUGCAGAACUAAUGAAUACUGUAUGCUCAGCGAUCACAGCAUACUGUGAAAUGCAGGAACCGACUAGGGUGGCUGGAAUCCUGAACGAGGUACACUCAAGGGUGCAAUACAGUGGUACCUCGAUGUAAUUACACAAUUGGUUCCGGAAGUCUGUACUUAACCUGAAGCGCACUUAACCUGAAGCGAACUUUCCCAUUGAAAGUAAUGGAAAGUGGAUUAAUCCGUUCCAGACGGGUCCGCGGAGUACUCAACCUGAAGCGUACUUAACCCGAAGUAUGAGUGUAAUUGGUUCUGGAAGUCUGUACUUAACCUGAAGCGUACUUAACCUGAAGCGUACUUAACCUGAAGCGAACUUUUCCAUUGAAAGUAAUGGAAAGUGGAUUAAUCCAUUCCAGACGGGUCUGCGGAGUACUUAAACUGAAAGUACUCAAACCGAAGCGUACUUAAACCGAGGUAUGACUGUAUCUUGUUGAAGGUUCCACUGACAUUUUUCUUCUUUUUUAAAAAGUGGUUGGUGCUUCUGGGUUUUCCCUUAAAGUAGUAUUAAAUGUUGCUGGACUACAACUCCCAUCAUGCCUAGCUAGCAGGACCAGAGACCAGGGAUUAUGGGAGCCGUAGUCCAUCUGAGAAAGGCUGCUAUAAAUGAAACCUAUGGUCUUUACAGUGGGACGCGGGUGGCACUGUGGUCUAAACCACAGAGCCUAGAGCCAGCUGCUGCCCACCUAGCAGUUCGAAAGCAUGUCAAGUGCAAGUAGAUAAAUAGGUACUGCUCCAGUGGGAAGGUAAACGGCGUUUCCGUGCACUGCUCUGUUUCGCCAGAAGCGGCAUAGUCAUGCUGGCCACAUGACCCGGAAGCUGUCUGCAGACAAACGCCGGCUCCCUCGGCCAAUAGAGCGAGAUGAGCGUGCAACCCCAGAGUCGUCCAUGGCUGGACCUAAUGGUCAGGGGUCCCUUUACCUUUACGGUCUUUACAGGUGCAUGGGAUCACAAAUGUCAAACAACCCACUACACAUGGCCCACCGAGGAAGCCUGCUUUAAGCAUUAAGUUCACAUGCAGCUCAGGCACGUUCUAGGACAGGGGUGGGGUGGGCCCUUUUUGGAUCUUUAUCUGCCCCCCCACCCCACCCCAUGGGACAACAGUAAUCAGCUGGUGUAAACAAUCAGAGAGCGUUUCCAGUCCUCUUGUUGGCACUUUAUGCGCUCAGACUUGGGACAAAGGAGAAAGAGCAUGAACCAUUGUGCGUGUUAGAACUGCUUCUGUGACCAUUUCCAGCAGUGGCUGAAGCCUGACUGCUUGCGAAAACUUUGGAACCACUCCCUUUGCUCAAAUUCAGCUGUUCACGUGGUUACUCUUCAUAUACUCAGAGGAGCCUUACAUUUUAUGUUUAUUCACUUGUUCUUCUAUGUCACUAUGAAGGAAUAUGAAUCAAUUGCUUUGGGUAGCAGAUACUGGUCUUGGCUGUGAGCAACCUCAAGCUCUGUCUUGUUUAGAAGACAAUGGGGGUGAAUGUUGGCCUUUGUUUCAGAUACACACUGUUGGCCUCCCUUGGACAUUUUUUUUGUUUUGUUUUUUAAAAGGUUCCUGCACUGAAUGCUGACUCAGGGUUUGACUCGUGGUAUUAUGUUGCUGGAGGAAGAGAGGUGGCAGAAAAUGCUGAAGCUGAUUACUAGUUUCCAAUUCCUUUUUUGUUACAGGAGUUUGCAGUUCCAUCAGGAAACCUUAAAAAGAACUAAAGUCUUAAACAGGCAUGGCCAAACUUCAGCUGUUUGGGGACUACAAUUCCCAUCACCCCUGACCACUGGUCCUGUUAGCUAAGGAUGAUGGGAGUUGUAGUCCCAAAACAGCUGGAGAGCCAAGUUUGGCCAUGCGCUGGUCUAAAAUAACUAGGGCGCACUGUCCCUUAAAGACCGACAAUAGUUUUCUUCAGUCAAAAACUAUUGGUUUUGCACAACGUUCAGAAAUGUUUGCUGAUCGCUGAUGACGAUAAACAAAUAAGGAGCUGGGGGGGGGGGUGCAUCACUUCCAGGAGUGUCCUGUUUCAAGAUGGCGCUGACUCAUCUCCACCCCUGUGUGGACACAUGGCACCUCCAUACCAGUGGCAGUCAAAUUAUGUAGAAAGGAAUAGGGGCGGGUUACACUCCCAAAUAAGCUUUGCAAAUCAUACCACCACAUGCCCAUGAAACUGCCCUGUCUUAGAUAGCGCUGAGUUGUGUCUGACCCAACACUUGUUCCGAGCAUAGGACACCUUCAACCACUGAGCAAAAGCAGGCUCACACAUGCAUGUUCAGUGGUUGAUAACCGCAGCGCUAUGUGAUGGCUUGAACUUGUGAAUGGACCAUCAGAGAUAUAACACCACAGGCAGUAAGAGCUUAUUAUCUCCACAGGCCAGUACUUUUCAGUGGGCUCAGUAGACUACUGCAAUUCGUUAGAUACAUGGGUGUGCUUGGCUUCUGAAGAUGGUUUGGAAACUUUAGCUGGGGCGGAAAUCAGCAGCCAGGUUGUUCACCGGGGCAAAAUGGCAUGAGACUGUAACACUAAGUCCCGGCCUGUCUGCACCGGCUGCCCAUCAGUUUUCAAUUCAAAGUGCUGGUUUUGAAGCACUUCAAUGACAUACAGUGGUACCUCUGGUUACGAACUUAAUUCCGGAGGUCCAUUCUUAACCUGAAACCCCUCUUAACCUGAGGUACCACUUUAGCUAAUGGGGCCUCCCACCGCGCCACCGCCAUGCGAUUUCUGUUCUCAUCCUGAAGCAAAGUUCUUAACCCGAGGUACUAUUUCUGGAUUAGCAGAGUCUGUAACCUGAAGCGUCUGUAACCUGAAGCGUCUGUAACCUGAGGUACCGCCUUAAGUGAGAACAGGCCUUUUCUGUAGUGUCUCGCUGUUUGUGGAAUGCUCUUGCCUGGCACCAGGAGUACCAACUUGAAUAAAACAUGGGGGUGGGGAGCAGAUAAGCCCUACCCUGUACAAUUGAUCCCAAGACACACACCAUUUAAAUGGCAAUUCCCAGCAACUGGGGGGGGGCCUUCAAAUAUUCUAUCCCCCCCAGAAGCGACAUAUCGGUCCCUAGGAGUGGACUCCAAUGUCUGGCACCAUCAUCACAUAGAGUUGGAAGGGACCCUGAGGAUCAUUCAAGUCCAACCCCCUGCAAUGCAAGAAUAUGCAGUUGUCCCAUACAGGGAUCGAACCUGCAACCUUGGCACCAUCGGCACCACGCUCUAACCAACUGAGCUAUCCAGGCAGCUAGCUGGAGAGGGGCUAAGCAAAAACAUUCCUCUUUAACCAGGUCUUUGGCCGAUUAAAACAAAUCUAUGCCUUUCAGAAGCGGGGGGGGGGGGUUUAUUAAUGCCUUUCUUUCCUUUUUAGGCUUUAAUUAUUUCUGUGGGGGUGUAUUGCUUGCUUGUUUGUCUGAUUGUAAGACGGUUUGGGUUGCCCUGGGCAAGUUGAAGGACUAAUAAUAAUACAUAAUAAUUUAUUAUUUAUACCCUGCCCAUCUGGCUGGGUUUCCUCAGCCACUCUGGGCGGCUUCCAACAAAAUAUUAAAAUACAGUAGUGCGUCAAACAUUAAAAGCUUCCCUAAUCAGGGCUGCCUUCAGAUGUCUUCUAAAAGUCUGGUAGUUGUUUUUUUUCUCUUUGACAUCUGGUGGGAGGGCGUUCCACAGGGCGGGUGCCACUACCGAGAAGGCCCUCUGCCUGUUUCUUGUAACUUGGCUUCUCGCAGCGAGGGAUCGGACACAGUGUCCAGCAGAACGAUGGGGGUGAAGAUGCUCCUUCAGGUUUAUAAUUUUUUUUU